AUGGCUCUCGCGGCCGCGCUGCUGGCCGCCGCCGCCGCUCUGCUGGCGUCGAGCGGCGCCCAGCUCGCCUGCCCACCGGCCGACCAGGCGUUCGAGCUGUGGACCGGAUACGUGUACAGCGCACCCGGGGACCUGCUCGACACGCGGCCGGGCACGCUCCUGCUGGACGAGUGCGUCCAACUGUGCGGCGAUAACGGCGCGUGCCGUGGACUCAACUACGAGACCGGACUCUGCGUGCUCUUCUCCUCCAGCGCGCCAUCCACCCGCUCCGAGUACCCGGUGUACACGCUGUACCUGCAGAAGGUGUGCCUCAGCUCGGUGAGGAGCGUCUGCACGCGGCCGUGGGCGUACGAGCGCGUGCAGGGCCACCAUCUGAACGAGUACCCGCGGCGCCGGCUGCGCGUCGGCUCCAGGCUGUCCUGCAUGCAGCUGUGCCUGCACGAGCUCGAGUUCCCCUGCCGGUCGGCCAGCUACAGCGCCGCUUCGGGCGAGUGCACCCUCAGCGAAGUGGACCGCUUCACCAUCCGACAGGGCGAGGCGCUGACUCCCGAUCCUCAGUACGAGUACUUCGAGUCCAACUGCGUCAACGACCCGGUCCGCAUGUGCGAGUUCGAGCCCAAGAAGGGCAAGAUCCUGAAGACGGUGGACGUCGUGUUCCAGGAGGUGGCCUCCAGGGAUGACUGCCAACGACUCUGCCUGGGCGCCAACUUCCGCUGCCACACGUUCGACUUCGGCGACACGGGCGAGCGGGUCUGCCGGCUCUCACACCACGGGGAGGCGUCGCUGGCGCACGUGCAGGAGCCCUACCUCAAGAUCCCCGAGGCCACCAGCUACGAGCGCCAGAGCUGCUACAACGUGACGCUGCAGUGUAACGGAGCGAACAUGGUGGCCACCAUCCAGACCAGCCGCAUCUUCAACGGCAAGAUAUACGCCAGAAACAGCCCCAACUCGUGCGUGCUGGACGUGGAGGGUCAGAUGGCGGUCAACUUCAGGAUGGGCUACCAGGACCUCAACUGUGAUGUACAUCAGGACACGCCGGGCGUGUUCACCUCGGACAUCAUCAUACAGCACCACGACCAAAUCGUGACCUCAUCCGACCUGGGCCUCUCGCUGCGCUGCCUCUACUCGCUGGGCAACCGGACGGUGGCGCACGCUGCGGGUCUCAACGUCAACGGCCAGCUGGGUACGACGGCGCACGAGUCGGCCGUGGUGCGCUCGCCCAACGUCAGCAUGAGCAUCACCGACCGACAGGGCAACGACAUUCUCACCGCCCAGGUGGGCGACUCGCUGGCGCUGCAGUUCCGCAUCCUCGAUUACGACUCUCCGUACGAGAUCCUGGUGCGCGAGCUGAUCGCGCAGGACGGCGUCGACUCGGCCGAGAUCCUGCUGAUCGACGAGCGCGGCUGUCCCACCGACCCGUCCAUCAUGGGCGCCGUCAGCCAGGUGGCCGGCUCCGGCCAGCUGCUCUCCGUGCCGUUCGACGCCUUCAAGUUCCCCAGCUCGGACCUGGUGCAGUUCAAGGCGCUGGUCACGCCGUGCCUGCCGCGCUGCCGGCCCGUCACGUGCGAGGUGCGCGACUUCCGCGGUGGCUACAGCCGGGUCGUCUCUCACGGCCGUCGCCGGCGCGCCGUCGCCAACGACAGCCGCAGCGACGUGCUCGUCGUGCGCAAGAUCCGCAUCGCCGAUACGUUCGAGUUCGGCGCGGCGGCGGUGUGCGUCAUCCUCGGCUGGCUGUACCUGCGGCGGCGCGGGGCCGCGCAGCGUAAGGUCGAGUACUACGUCAACUCGUCGGCCGUCGAGGGCGACGCGGCGCCGCGCUGA